GCGAUUUUGUCCCCCAUUCGGACAAAGGCGCCGUACCAGACUGGAUCAAAAUGGGCAUCAACGAAGACUUUGACGAAAUUUUGCGAAACAUCGGCGGUUUUGGAUAUUUCCAAAUGCGCCAAUAUUCGCUCUUAAGUCUUGCAAUGAUGUUUAGUUGUGUCAGUUUCAUUGGAUUCCUGUUCACUGCUGCUAUCGUUCCGCACAGAUGCUUGAUUCAUUCGUGUGGAGACGAGAGUUUAAAUUCACCGUUUUUGCCUCCCUGGCUACACGAUGCCGUGCCUUUCAAUAGGGACGGAACGCCCGAGUCGUGCGUCAAGUUUCUAAGUUUCAAUUCAACCGCGGACAGCGUUUGUAGCUUCGACAGAAGCGCAAAGGAAAGAUGCCAAACGUGGAUUUUUGACGGGCCGGAACGAUCAAUUCAAACUGACUUUUUGUUGACGUGCCCGGAAAAUGAGUGGAAGCUGGCGCUAGUGGGAACAGUUCAUGGUUUCGGGGCCAUGAUAGGAAUGCCUUUGGCUGGAAUUAUUUCUGACAGAUAUGGAAGGAAAUCAACCCUGGCGUUGGUGCUCGUUAUGUCCAGUGUGUUGUGCUUGAUGAAAACUCUGACUAGCAGUUAUAAACAAUUUUUGCUCCUGGAAUUUAUGGAACCGAUUUUUGGAGGAAAUAUAUAUUCGAUCUGCUUUAUUUUAGCCUUUGAAAUGACUACGCCAAGCAAGCGGGUUUUAGCUUACAUAAUUAUAGUCGUGUCGUUCGCCCUGGGAAAUGCUGUCGUUGGCGCAGUCGCCUGGAUUUUCAGAGACUGGAAAUACAUUUUGAGGGUUUUGUCCGGACCGGCUCUGCUAUUUGUUUUAUAUUUCUGGAUAAUGCCAGAGUCAGUAAGGUGGCUGAUUUCCAGAGGGAGACUGGGCGAUGCUAAAAAGCAGAUUAUGUGUGCGGCAAAAAUGAACAAAAUUAAUCUAGGGGACGAGUGCAUGAAGGACUGGGAGAACGGACAAAUUGCUCGAGUGGACAGUGAGGAAUGCGGAGAUUCUGCACGGUCAGCAAUGCAACAAGUAAGCAAAAGCCCAAUCUUGUUGAUCAGACUGGCUGUGUGUUCGUUUUGCUGGGCUGCUGUGAAUAUCAUCUACUACGGAUUGUCUCUGAAUUCAGUUUCCUACGCUGGGACAGAAAACAAAUACCUAAAUUUUAUUCUGACAAGCUUGGUUGAAGCACCCUCAUAUGUGAUUACUUGGUUCAGCUUGAAAAUAAUAGGCCGCAGGGAGACAAUGUGCAUAGCACUCGUUAUAUGCGGCGCAGCCUGCUUUGCAAGUCCAUUUGCGCCCAAAAGUGCCGCACUCCGUCUCCCUGCCUACCUUCUUGGCAAACUGGCAAUUACCUCAGCUUAUGAUACGCUGUACAUCUUUACUGCCGAAAUUUUCCCCACAAAACUCCGCAACUCCUUGCUCGGCAUUUGUAGCAUGAUCGGUAAUUUUGGAACAAUGAUCGCACCGCAAACGCCCCUGAUGAGCCGCGUGUCUACUCUGUUGCCACUUCAUUUUUUCGCUGCUUUGUCUGUCACCGCAGGGGUUUUGGUGCUUUUGCUUCCUGAGACAAAAGGCAAGGCCCUGCCAGUUACAAUCAAGGAGGCCGAAGAGCUAUCAAAUCAGCCCAAAAUGCAAAAAGAAGAUGCUUGCACAACGAACGGCUCCUACCAAGGAAGAGCACAUUCGUCUAAGUCGAUUCGCCAGCCGAAGAUGGGUGUCAAUGAGGAGUUCGACGAGAUGCUGCACGAAAUCGGAGGGUGCGGCCUCUACCAAAUCAGGCAAUAUAUGCUCGUGAGCCUGGCCAUCAUAUUCAGCGCCGUCGGAAUGAUGGGAUACGUGUUCAUAGCCGCCAUUGUGCCUCACAGAUGCCUGAUCGAAUCAUGCGGUGACGCUAACGAAUCGUCACCCUUUUCGCCUCCCUGGCUGAAAGACGCGGUCCCUUUUGAACGAAGCGGCAAGCCGGCGGCGUGCUAUAUGUUUUCUAACUCGAACGACUCUUGUGCGUUUGACAGGAGUACGCAAAGACGAUGUAAUGAGUGGGUUUUCAGUGGGCCAGAGAGGUCCAUCCAACAUGAGUUUUUACUCACGUGCUCUGAAAAUGAAUGGAAACUCGCAUUGGUUGGAACAUUUCACAAUUUCGGCUCAAUGAUUGGCAUGCCCAUCUCUGGAUUCAUAUCAGACAAGUACGGCCGAAAAACAGCACUUGUCCUGGCCCUUUUCCUGUCCGGAGUUUUCGGCAUGAUGAAAACCCUUGCAACCAGUUACGAAAUUUUCGUGACUCUAGAAACGAUCGAGGCCAUUUUCGGUGGAAACAUUUACUCAACUUGCUUCAUUUUAGCUUUGGAAAUGGUUACUCCAGGACACAGGGUUGUGGGAUUCAUGGUGAUCGUGUUUGCGUACGCCUGCGGAAACGUGUUGGUCGGAGCCGCCGCGUGGUUUUUCAAAGAUUGGAGCAGCAUCUUAUUAGUUUUGAACGCGCCUGCCCUGCUCUUCAUCUUUUACAUAAGGUUGGUUCCGGAGUCAGUCCGGUGGCUUUUAUCCAGGGGCAGACUGGCUGACGCAAAGAAAGUGGUCAAAUACGCCGCAAAACUCAACUGUGUCGAGCUCAGCGAGGAGCGGAUGAAAGACUGGAAAAACGACCAAGCUAAUCGAGUGGACGUGGAAUAUAGUGAAAACGGGGACUCAUUAUGGACAUCGUUCGUGCAAGUGACAAAGAGCCGAAUUUUGCUUCUCAGGCUCAUUCUAACUUCCUACCUUUGGACUGCUUCCAACUUAGUAUUUUACGGACUGUCCUUAAAUUCUGUAUCGCUGGCCGGCACGGAAAACCAGUACUUAAAUUUCAUCCUGACCGGCUUGGUCGAGGCGCCCUCGUACAUUAUCACUUGGCAGUGCAUGAACAGACUAGGCCGGCGAAGGACUCUGUGUAUCAUGUUUGCGGCCAGCAGCUUUGCCUGUUUCGCAAACCCAUUUAUUCCCAAAGAAGCGGGAUCUGCUCGUUUGGGUGUGUACCUGUUCGGCAAGUUCGCAAUAACCGGCGCCUACGACACCGUUUACAUUUCAACAGCGGAGAUUUUCCCGACGACGUUGCGGACGUCGCUGCUCGGCAUCUGCCUAAUGGUGGGUCGCAGCGGCGCCAUGCUGGCUCCCCUGACACCGCUACUUUCGCAGUUCUCCAAAUUCCUACCGCUGGCCCUUUUCGGCGCGGCUGCCCUGCUCGCCGCGGCCAUGGCCUUGUUUCUGCCCGAGACAAAGGGUCUGGCGUUGCCCGUCUCGAUCAAAGAGGCCGAAGAUUUGUCCAGGCAAGCCGAGCAGACCGCUGGAAUAGAGAAGAAGUCUGAGAUGACGAAAUGUUGACGCUUUCUCCUCCCCGCCGAGUAUGUCACCAUUUGAAACGAAUGACUCAUAAAAAUCACCCUCUUGACUCUUGAAAAUAAUUUUAAUUUGUUCUGAAUUAAAGGCGAAUACUAUUGCAAAAAGUUGA